AUCUCCCCAUUUAGUCCGCAAUAAACUCCACAAAAAAGACAAAGUGCGUUUAAUAACCAUACAAAAAAAAGUGUAACUGAUUGGGAAAAAGUGUGCAACAAAUAUCCACAAAAUCAAAUACUCAAGUGCAAUAAAAAAGCAAAAGUGAUUAGAGUGCGAAGAGAAAAUGUGGCCAACCAUUAAGGCCAAGUUCAAGUUCUAAGUUCAAACAAACAGACGUAAAAAAAGACUAGAAAAUCCAGCGAGUUCCAAAGCGCUGGAAAGUAAAAUAUCCCCCCCUGAAAGUAGUAUAACCGAACGUACAAAAAUGUCCACCGGCCGCCGUUUGGCCAAGCGCUCCAUCAUCGGCACCAAGGUGUGCGCCAAGGGUCCGGAUGGCCUCUGGUACUCCGGCACCAUAUCCGACGUGAAAACGCCGCCCUCGUACAUGGGACCGCUCUCGCCGCCGCCGCCGCCCACUUUUGUGGUGCCCGGCGAGGCACCGAUUAACGCCGAUACGCGCUACCUGGUCCGCUUCGAUUUCAAGACCGCCGUCGAGUCCCCAACCGCUGCCACGUCGUCCGCGGCCUCGGCCUCGUCCACAUCCUCCACAGAUCCGUCGGUCAUCGUGGAGACGCGUCGCGCUGCCAACGUACACAUCAGUCCCGCUCAGGCACUGCGCCGCAGCGCCAUGAUCAAGGAGUUCCGCGAGUCGGAUCUGAUUGGACCCGGAUUCCGGUCCAUCAUGGACACCGAACUGCAGCCCGGCCAGCGGGUCUACUUUACCUACAACGGACGCGAGCAGAGCGGCGAUGUCGUCAAGCACGACGCUACCAAGGACGAGGUGAUUGUCAAGAUCACAACAGUGGGAAAUGAGGAACCCAUUGAGCUGAAGAAGCGACUGGAGGAAGUGCGUCUGCUGGAAUCGCGACGCUCCGCCCGUCUGGCAGACCAGGAUCGCGACACGGACUUCGCCAGACUCGCCGACAUGAGUGGCGAACGCCGCAGAACCACCACACACAGUAUUGAGGUGCCAUCGCAGCUGACGGCGCAGCACAAUCCCCGGAAACGUCCGCCCAGCGAUCACCAGGACUACGGCAAAGAUGAGGAAACAUGCCGUGCCGCCGAGAUUCUGUCAUCGAUGAAGCUGCAGAGUCCGCAUGGCUCAUUGGCCGACAAGUGCUCGAGUCCCGGCAGCAGCUCGUCGGCUUCCUGGAGCUCCGGUUCCCCAUCGCCGCCACUGAGCGACGACGGCCACGCCCACCACAGCCCACACAACAUGAUGUCGCCCCACGAUGCGGACAACGCACGCACACGCACAGCAUCCGUGUCCACGUCGGACGAGGGCAUUGUCAUCGACUACAAGGAGGAGCGCAAGAAAAAGUCCAAAAAGUUCCGAUGCGUCUAUCGAGGAUGUGUUGGCGUGGUAGACGAUCUCAAUGCAGUCGUGCGUCACAUUAGGAAAACACAUUUGGGAAAGGACUCCCAUCGCUCGGCGGAUGAUGACGAAAAUGAGGUGGACUUCUACUACGAGGAUGCCGACGACGACGACGAGCAGGUGAAGCCCAGUCUGGCCUCCGAGCCGACGCUGAGUCACCGGGACAUGGCGCGUCCGCCGCACGAGGAUCCCGAGUACCAAAAGCAGAUUGUGGGCAACUUCAAGCAAGGACGCGGCGGUAGCCACUAUAACCACCUAGCGCAGUCGCACGGACGCACCAUCAGUGGCAGCAACAUCCCGAGCACCCACCAGCAGCAGCUGCAGAACAACAACACCAGCUGCAUCCCCACUUCGCACCUGGCCCACCACAACUAUACAUGCCCGGCGGCGACGGCGACAGUGGGCAGCUACUCCUCCACGGGGACGGGGUCGGUGGCGGCCAGUUCAUCAGCCUCGCCGAACGGCAAGCACGCUCGCUCGUCGUCCUCCCGUCCGACCCACUCGGUAGCGCCAUAUCCAUCGCCGACGUACGUCCAGCAACAGCAGCACCACCAACACACGCACCACCACAACUACGCUGGCAGCAGCGGCAGCAGCAACAGCAGCAGCAGCAGCAGUCCAGUGAUCCACAGCAAUAGCAGUGCCAACAACAUGCUGCAGCAGCUGUCGCAGCAGAACGUCACAGUGACGGCGCACCACAGCCAGCAGCAGCAACUGCAGCAGCAGCAACACCACCAGCAGCAGCAACACAGCCACCAACAGCAGCAGCAACAUCUCCUGUCCAGUGUGACGAUCACGCCCAAUUUCCAUCCGGCGCAGCAGCAGCACCACCACCAACCGAUGCGCGGCCAUCAUCAGCAGCAUCCACAGACAACUGCCGGCAACUUGGUUGCCCAAAACAACAACCACAGCAACGGAAGCAAUCCACUGCAGCAGCAACAGCACAUGGCGCAACAGGUGGCCGUCAAGCAUACGCCCCAUUCGCCCGGCAAGAGGACGCGGGGCGAGAACAAAAAGUGCCGCAAGGUGUACGGCAUGGAGAAGCGCGACCAGUGGUGCACCCAGUGCCGGUGGAAGAAGGCGUGCAGCCGCUUCGGCGACUGAAAGCGACAGAAGUCGUCGACGGAGGCGGCAAACCAGGCGUCGGCGCACCAGUCCAAGGCAGCAACAGCAGCAUCAUCAGCAGCAUCAUCAGCAGCAGCAUCAGCAACAGCAACACCCAACCCAGCAGCAAUAUCAGCAACUCCUAGCCCGGCAGCAACAUCGUCCUCUAAAAUGACCACCACAGUGGUGCGUUUGGCGGCCGAGGUGGCUGCCGGCAAGCAGCUACCCCCGUCGUUGACCAUCAAAACUAACAAGCGCUACGGUGGUCAGGUGCAGCAGCAGCAACAACAACCGCAUCCGUAUGCGGUCACCGCCAACAGCAACACAAUUAGCAAUCGGCCGGUGCGUAUACGCAGUGUGGCCACCUCGGUGAUUGUGGCGCCCAUUGCCUGCGCAGUAACGACGACGAACACCACGCCCAGCCACAUGGAGGACACGGAUGCUGACGAGGAUGCUGACGAGGAGCUGGAGGAGAUGGAGCAGGAGGAUCAGGAGGAGGAGGAGGAUCCGGAGGCACUCGAGGAUCAGGAGGAGGCGCAGGUGGCUGCUGCCAACGGCCUGCUGGCCUGGAGCCGAGCAGCCGCCAAUCAGCAGCAGGCGCAGGCCGUGCUGAUGCAGGGCUAAGUCCACCUGAGCCGCCACCGAGUGCGCCGAUAGCUGGCUGACUCCUGGAUGGCUGUCGGUGGCAGCUGUUGCCCCCCCGAGGACACAAAACGCAAAAAUGCAAAUGAAAAAUGGUCUCUUCUUAUUUACUCUGCAUUGAAUUGUGCACCUUAAACACGUAACGGUAUCUCUUUUGUUGUUGUGCAGGUGUUUGCCAACUGCCGUGCAAAUGUUGCUGACAUUUGCGCCCGGGCAACAUUUGCAAUCUACAAUAAUCUAAUUAUUAUUAUUAUAAUUAUUAUUAUUACUAUUAUUGCAGUGCGUAAAUAUACAUAUACAUAUACAUAUUUAUUUCUAAAAUGACUUUGUUAAUUCUUAUGUUAAAAAGCUGAAAAGCAGUUGGCAACUUUUUAUAUACACAAAAAGCGAAAGCAACAAACAGUUAAAAUACGUAUGCCAGCUGUUUUUACAUAAAACAUAACAAAAAAAUGCAAAAGAAAAAACAGCAAAAACAAUUCAAGCAUAAACCAACAACAACAACAACACAUGAAAACCAACAAUAUUUAAAGCAAAUAUACAUUUGAUUUUUUUUUAAUUGUAAGAACUCUAGUAAAUUUUUUUCUAGUAUUAAGUGCAAUUUCUGUUCUACUUCUCGCUCUAAACAAAGAAAACAAAACGAAAUGAUAUAAAAUGUAAGAAAACGAAGCAAACCAACUCAAACAAACAAACAAGCAAAUCAAAAUGAAACAAUCGGAGGUGCUGCAGAAAUCACUUUGCUGGGAAUUCGCAUUGAUGUACGUAAGAAUUCAUCACGCAGUGGUUUUUGUGUUGCCUCCGUUUAUAAGCAGAAUAUUCAAACGAAAACCUAAAAUAUGCAUAUUAAAUAUUCAAGGCGUUGCAUCUACACAUUAAAUAGGCAUAAACGAAAAAAUAGUUAAAUUACUUGCAUAAUCACAUGUAACUCAAAUCCAAGAGCCGUUUAAACAAUUCGUAAGUGUGUGUGUUAAGCGCUAAGAGUUAAGUAUUAAUCGACUUCAUGCAUACGAGCGGCAAUAGAUGGACACACAGCUAAAUAAUCUAGUUAAUUAAGCACCCAGCCACCACAGACCCACCCACAACCAAGAACCCAAAAAGCCCAAACUCUCAAACAACUCUAUAGAACAAUUACCCCUCAACCCGAAGACCCGACAUCCCGAUAUCCAAAUACCACGCUAAUGUAACAUAUAGACGUACGAGCAACUUAAACUUAAACGUAGUGAAUUUUAAAAACAAACAAACAAACCAAGCAAACAAACAGACAGACAGGCCGACAGACAAACAGAUGGAUUGUGAGGUAGAUCUUAUCCUUAUCGAGAAUCGUCGAAAUUUCAAUUGGAGCCAGAAGGAAAACACUUUCAAACAUGUUCAAAUUUUUAAUAAAUUGUUAAGUUGAUAUUUUCUAAAAACACACAAAAACGAAAAAUGAGCUAAAUUUGUCUAUUAAUUAAUUUGUAAUGAACUUAUGACUAAAAACUAAGAUUUAAAACAAAAAACAAAAACUUUUUGCGUUGUGCAACUGUUGUGAAUUGUUCAAAUUACGGUAUACACAUACAAACAAUGACGUCACAAAGGACCCAGCGAGGUUUGCGAGGAUAUAAGAAGAAGAUGUAGCCCAUCUAGGGAUAGCUACGCAUUGAGAUUGAAGAGCAGGAGAAUUUACGAA